AUUGCAUUUUUUUUUAUUUUUUAGAAAUUACAUGUAAACAACGUUGAUUCAACCAGCUUUUGCGCAGUGGGGUAUUUCAGCUGUGAGAAUAUCAAUUUGUCAAGUUGCACACAUAAAAAUACCACAUAAAACCAAGAACAACACCAUUGUUCUUUGAGUUGACAACUCCACCCCACCGUUUACCACCGCAUCAAAUAAACUUUGGUGGAGAGGGCUGGAGUGCUUUCUGUUGUCUGUAGCAACCUGUAGCAACCUAUAGCAUAUUCUGCAAAACCAACUCGAGUUGGAGACGAGGCACAAAAAGUUAACCUUUGCCGUCGUACGCAGUGAAGGAACUUCAGCAUAGAGUAGCAUAAGCUAUCGGAGGAAGCAUUAAUAACGAAUAGGCUGACGAAAUAAUAACGAAUAUAAUUAAAUAGGAUUAUUUUAUGCUAUCAUCACCAUGUGACAUUUGCGACCGUUUUUAUCCUGGAGUAUGACAGAUACAAUGUCUAGAUUGUCCUCGGUUGCUUCUCUUCGACUACCAGCCAUUCAGCACCCGUUAUCAAGACUCAGAGACCCAGAAACCCUCUCUCUCAGAGGCUACUCCAGAGAUUACGCUAGGAGUGACGAAGUUGUACCGCCGCUGUUGCGGGAUGGGGGCUUCGACUUUGUUUUCCGAGGUCAACACACAAGAAGGACCACAGGUUAUCCGUAUGACAAUUCUCCGCCGAAGCAGAGCCGUUUCAGCCUGGUCUCGCAGCCAAUCCCCGAAGGAGUCGAAGUCUCAGUAGCCCUUGAUCCGGUUAAACCACGGCUGCCCAUCUUUGGUCAGCGGGUGGCACCAGAGAGCAGGGGGAGCCGAGUCACCAGCCUAACCAGUAACAGCAAAACCAGCAUCACCAGUCAAACCAGUACCGUCAGCCAAACCAAUACCAGCAGAACCAGUAUCCUUACCAGAACUACUACCGCAGCCUCCUGCCUCGAGGCCCAGCUCAGGAUCCAAGUGGACCAGCUUGAGCACGAGCUAAGGCAGAACAUUCAAUUGUUAGGACACUUGAACUUUCAACGAAUGUUCAAGAACAACCAUCCGGAUGGAAAAGCACUGGCCAACAGAGAUGUGUUGCUGAUGAUCCUCACCAAGUUUCUGGGCAGAUUCAUCACACUGCAGCAGUACAGCCAGUUGCUGCUCCGACUGCAUUUGUCGAAGAAGGCAGCCAUUAGCUUUGAGGAGCUGUGGGAGGCCAUAAGAGAGUCUGGAGCAGGUGGACCAGCCGCUUGGUUUAACCCCACCCAGGACCCCAGCACAGCCCCUCCCCUUGCUCCAGCUAAAGUCACAGCCUCCCAGACCCUAUCCCUAUUGCGGGGACAGGCCCAGAACAGGUUCCUGGAGGUCAUAGAGUCACGUCCCACAGAGCUAGACCUACAGAGGACCAGUUUGAUUGUAGCUCCAGAGCUGAAGAGAUGUCUUGCACAGUUGGGCCUCAACUUAGAGGACCGGGAGUUUGAGAAGCUUUGGAAGAAAUUUGACAGCGAAGGACUUGGAGCCGUGAAAGUGAGAGGUUUGCUAAGGAAACUUGGACUGAGCCAGAGAAAGACCUCAGACACCAACGAUAAUAAUGAUCAUCAAGUUUCAUCUUCUAUCAAUGGUGAAGACACCAAAGCCAGACCCAGGGCCCUGUCGAAGUCGGAGGAGGAGCGUGGGGUAUCCAUCGCCAUGGAGAAGUGGCUGAAGGACAAGUUUAGGGAGGGCGUCCAGAGAAUGAAAUCCCAGUUUGACCAACUGGAUCCAGACCAGACCUGCAAGGUGGGCCUGGAGGAGUUUCUGCAGGUGCUGAAGACCUUUGGCCUGAAUCUAAAAAAGGAGCAUGUGGGCUUGUUUUUGGCUCGCUGUGGCCUGGGACUCAACAAGACAGGUGUGAUCCAUUACCCAGAGUUCCUCCGCAUGUUUCAGGACCGCAGCGAGGAAGGGGUCACACACAGGAUCCUAUCCAACCCUCAACACAGGUUUCAUCAUAUCCAGGGGAGCAUCAGCCACGCGUCCACAGUCACCAUGGUGGAGGCUAAACUCGCUCGACUCUUCCAGUCAGAGUACCUCGCUCUGUUAGAAAUGUUUCAGAGCAUUGAUAAAUGCCACAGGAGGGUGGUGAGCCAGGAGGAGUUUCGAGCAGCGAUUGAGAGCAGAUUCGGCCUGGAGGUCGCGGAACCUGAGUUUGAACAGCUGCUGGACAGGCUGCCCCUGGACAAGGACGGAAAUGUCCAGUACCCUGUCUUCAUGGCCGCUUUCGACACAAGGAGAGGAGUUCCCAGCCUUUUCGAGGCAAGUCCUGCUGGAUAUUUGGGGCGUACAAACGAAGAACAGGAGGGGCUAAACGUGCAACUCGUGAAUGAGGAGAGUGGGAUUCUGGGACGGGGACGGAGUGUGGCACAGCUGUUCCAGAUCAUCAAGGCCCUGGUGAAGAACCACUACCAGGCAGCAGAGCGAGUCUUUGAGAAGCUGGAUGAGAAGAACACCAAACGUCUCAGUCAAGAGACCUUCUACCAGCUUCUAAAGAGAUUUGACAUCCACCCCGAAGUGAGCCGGGGGGAGAUCCGACAUCUUUGGGUCACUUUGAUUACCAACCAGGACAGGACGCUGGAUUUCUUGCAGCUUGCGCGCCACUUUGGCUACUCUCCCAAGUCCUCGUGCUUUCCCAACGCCAAGCGCAGCCCCCCGAAGAAAGGGGAUGAGAAUCUCCGGCAGUGCUCCAGAAAGCUCCACUGUGUGUCUGACAUACUUGCAGAUGGAGUGCGUGCCAAGGUGGAGCUGUCAUUGGAUGAGUUGCGGGAGGAGUUUGAGGAGUUGGAUCCUUAUAGGACGGGGUUUGUGAGCCAGAAGGAGUUCCAGGAAGUGCUGAAAGGUCUGUGUGCGCACCUCGAUGACUACGAGUGGGAGAUGCUGGCUCGAAAGUUUGACAUCAACAGGGAUGGAAGGGUUUCCUUCGUUGAGUUCCUGAGGCCCUUUGGGAGACGGAAACAGCCGUGGAGGCAUGGAUCCAACAUGGCCGGCAUACUGCAGUUCCAUAACGAAACAGAGGAUCUGUCUGCAGAGAAAGGCUCUUCCUUGUGUGAACAAGUACCACUGAGCUCAAGACUAAGGAUGAAGCUUCAGCGGCAGGGCAAGAUUCUGCGUCGGGCCUUCCGCAGGCUGGACAGCUCCGCCAGCGGCUACCUCUCCCCAGGCGAGUUCCGAGCGGCUCUGCUGCUGUGUGACGUACCCUUGGACCCGGAGGAGUACUACCAUGUCUUGGCCGGGCUGGACCGAGACCUGGCAGGCCGGGUGGCCUAUCGCCGGCUGAUCCAGAACAUACGCAAGAAAAUAACCUCUGGGACUAGAGUAAAGUAAAGAGUCAUCAUCAUCCCUCGCCCAGCAAGCAAAGUUUGGCAUGGGACGUCAUAAUGAUGUCAUUUCCGGGUUGAAAUUGUUUUUUCUGGUUGAUGUGACGUCAGAUUAUACUACCAAUUUAAGACGUAUUUUCCUGGUCACUAAAAAGAUGUCUAAAUAACGUCCUUUUACAAUCGCCUUACAACCUGACCGUGAUGUUACAAAAUAUGCCAGUUUGUCAUUGCAACCAGAUUUGCCUGCUGGGCAAAUCAGCAGGGGCAAUUUGCUUUGCAUUAGGUUGUCAAAAUGACAUACAAACAACAUUUAGACAUCAAAUGUAUUGGUCACAUACACAUGUUUAGCAGAUGUUAUUGCGGGUGUAGCGAAAUGCUGUACAUGACUGUAUUUAUUUAAGUGUCACUCCACAAUAAUACAACCCAGCUAGCACAUAAUAUUUUGAGAACUACGUUUCUUAGAGCUUGGUGAAAGUGUGGUUGUCCUAUGGUUAUUUUGCAUACAACCUUCCCACAACAUUCUGGGAAUGGUGCAGGAUACCCAGCUAGCACAUAACAUUCUGAGAAUUAUGUUAUGAAUUAAAAACAAUGUUCUUCUGUGAGAAUUUCAGUACUUCAGCAUAACGUUUUCUAUAGGUUUCCUCAUUGUUCUAUUUAAAGUAAUGUUCUCAGAACAUUCAGAGAAUGUUAAGAAACAAUGUUGUUGCUAGGACUUUCUGGCAGUGGUCUGAGUGGAAGGGGAAAACUGAAAACUAGCUGUUAUUGACAGAGAGGUUUGGAACUCUCGUUCUUAUUAGUCCAUUAACUAAUUUACCGCCUAGUGAUGUCACUAGGCACUCCAGAAAUUCAUCACACAAAAACAGGCUGAAAUUUCAAGCAAUCUUUUCAAACACCUCUAAAACUAAAAGGGCAUUAUCAUAAUUUUCAUGAUUUCAAAAUAUUAUUACAAUGUCAUAGUGUGGAAAUAUAUACAGUGCCUUCUGAAAGUAUUUACACCCCUUGACUUUUUCCACAUUUUGUUGUGUUACAGUCUGAAUAAAAAAUUGAAUACAUUUAGAUUUUGUUUCACUAGUCUACACACAAUACCCCAUAAUGUCAAAGUGGGAUUUUGUUUGUAGAUUUUUUAAAUUUUUAUAAAACAUUUAAAGCUGAAAUGUCAUGAGGCAAUCAAUAAGUAUUCAACCCCUUUGUUAUGGCAAGCCUAAAUAAGUUUAGGAGUAAAAAUGUGCUUAACAAAUCGCAAAAUACGUUGCAUGGACUCAUUCUGUGUUCAAUAAUAGUGGUUAACAUGAUUUUUUAAUAACUACCCCAUCGUUGUACCCUACACAUACAAUUAUCUGUAAAUGUCCCUCAAUCGAGUAGUAUAUUUCAAGCACAGAUUCAACCGCAAAGACCAGGGAUAUUUUUCAACACCUCGCAAAGGACACCGAUUGGUAGUGCAAAAAUAAAAAAGCAGAUGCUAAAUAUCCCUUUGGCUCUGACAGGAGAAAAUUGAGGAUGGAUCAACAACAUUGUAGUUACUCCAAAAUGCUAACCUAAAUGACAGAGUGAAAAGAAGGAAGCCUGUACAGAAAAAAAUAUUCCAAAACAAGCAUUCUGUUUGCAAUAAGGCACUAAAGUAAAACUGCAAAACGUGGCAAAGAAAUACAUUUUUUGUCCUGAAUAGAAAGCGGUAUGUUUGGAGCAAAUCCGAAACAACACAUCACUAAGUACCACUCUUCAUAUUUUCAAGCAUAGUGGUGGCUGCAUCAUGUUAUGGGUAUGCUUGUCAUCGGCAAGGAAUAUUACUUUUUUUUGGGAUAAAAAUAAAUGGAAUUAAGCUAAGCACAGGCAAAAUCCUAGAGGAAAACCUGGUUCAGUCUGCUUUCCAACAGACACUGGCAGACAAAUUCAUCUUUCAGCAGGACAAUAACCUAAAACACAAGGCCAAAUAUACAUUUGAAUUGCUUACCAAGACGACAUUGAAGAGUGUUGAGUGGCCUAGUUACAGUUUUGACUUUAAUCGGCUUGAAAAUCUAUGGCAAGACUUGGAAAUGGCUGUCUAGCAAUCAUCAACAACCAACUUGACAGAGCUUGAAUCAUUUUUGUGCAAAUGAGCAAAUAUUGUACAAUCCAUGUGUGCAAAGCACUUAGAGACUUACCUAGAAAGCCACACAGCUGUAAUCACUACCAAAUGUGAUUCUAACAUGUAUUGACUUAGGGGUGUGAAUAAUUAUGUAAAUUAGAUAUUUCUGUAUUACAUUUUCAAUACAUUUCCAAACAUUUCUAAAACAUGUUUUUAGACAUGUAAGUUGCUCAUCUUUAUCAAUGGAUGCUAUUCAGUUGUUGCCAUGCACCUGCGGCAAGGAUAGCUCAGAUGUGCAAAUGCCUUUUUACAUUUUAAAGAUGAAUAAAAAUAAAAACACUGAUGUACCUUGAUUAGAUAAGUAUUCACCCCCCCCCCC